GACGAGCAGAUUCCUGCGUAUAGUCACACGUGUUCGACCACGACCACCGGCCACAACAGAACACCCUGACAACACAACCUCCUGGAUUGGUGUGAACGAAUCAUUUGACCUAAAAGCCCAAAGGCCACUUUUAACUCUGACAUUUUUGCAGUCAAAAUUCAACAUGGCUCAAGUCGGUGAUGUUGGUGCUGAUGGCUUGAUGCAAGGAGCGAGUUUGCUCUCCAGACCAGCUGAUGAGUUUGGAAAUGACGAAACAGUUGAGGCUAUGUGGGCCAUAAAAGCAUUCAAACACGCUGAAGUUUAUUUUAAUCUCUUAUCAUCUGUUGACCCAAAGUUGCUCCGGCUCACGCCUCAAGAUGAUGUUAUUUACAAAGAAUUUCGAAGCAAGUUUCCUGAUUUGAAAGUGGACUUGAUUAAAGAAGAUGAAAUCAAGAGUGCUGAUGGGAAAGAGAUGUGGAGACCAUUUUGUGAGCAAUAUAAGGAUAGUGUUGAAGAUUAUAGUUUUGGCACUCUUCUUAGACUUGACUGCACUGACGAGUUCUCAGAGAAGAACACUACCCUUGUUCCUAGAAUACAAUUCUAUGCCAUUGAAAUUGCUCGGAAUCGUGAAGGGUUUAACGAUGCAGUGCGUGAAAAGUUCCGUAAGAAAAACUGAGUUAUAUGAGGACAUUAAUGUUUAAGGUAUAGAGCUACUUAUAUUUUCACACUCAAGGUCAUAUUUUUGUCUCUAUUCCACGUCGAUUGUUUAAUCAUGUAAUUCGAUUAAGUUGUACACAUUAAGGCUGUUUUAAACAGAAAUAAAGAAGAUAUUGUUAAGAAUUUA